AUGUGCUGGCCAAUGGCCUUUAGGUACGACUUAGCAGUUCGGACCACGGUGUUAACUUUCAGAAAUGCAGACGGUGAUUUGGCGAACCCGGGUAUAAGGGACAAAACCUUAGAACAGAACGCCCUCCAAGACUCAGAGCGUUUACAAGACUUCCGCCGCGAAUUCGCCGAUGUAAAUCCGUACGCUGAAGGUCAAGUGAAGCAUCAUAUCAACCCAAUCUCAGGUGAAGUGUACAAGAAUCAAUCCAACCAACAAGGCAACUCCUCUCAAUUUAAUAGUUUAAACAAUCACGGAGUCAUGUCUAGCAAGCCUAACGCCCGAUCCUGGGCGUAUGCCAACAAUCAACCGGCCUAUGAGGGCCCAGGCAGCUUUGGGUUUCAAUCCAACUCUUGGGACGACCGUGGGAGAAGUGGUUACGGACAAAACACUCGAGGGCGGGGUUGUGGUGGAGGAUGGCACGAUAACUCCAACGGACAUGAUAACACCCCACCCGGACGUCGUAAUCCAGAUCGAUAUGAAUCGUGUAGAGGUGAGAGCAGUGGCUCUUGGCGUAGAAAUGAGAAACGCAAUGACCGCCGUGGCGAUGAGUGUGAUUAUAAUACCAAGUUUGGAAAUAAUGGGAAGGCCAAGUAA